CGCCCAUGCACGCAAGAGCGCGGCUGGCGGCGGCCUACAGCUUCCCGUGGACGGUCUACGGCGUGAGCUGGAGCAACAGCCGCAGCGACAAGGUGCUCGCCGUCAGCAGCAUCACGGAGGAGUACGCCAACCACCUCCAGAUCCUCGAGCUCCACGAGGCUGACAUGGCCGAGACAAGCAAGAGGUACACGCUCACCGUCAAGGCUGGCGUCGAGCAUCCGUACCCGCCGACGCGGGUCAUGUGGUCACCGGCGACGAUGCCCGAGACGCGGCUAGCGUCGACGGCCGACUACCUUCGCAUUUGGCACCCGCAAGAGAACGGCCUGAGCUUGAGCGCGAUCUUGAGCAACAACCGGACGGGCGAUUCGUGCGCGCCGCUCACGUCGUGCGACUGGAGCGACAUGGACCCGAACAUCCUCGGCACGUCCUCGAUCGACACGACGUGCACGAUCUGGGACCUCAACAACACCAAGCAGGCCAAGAAGCAGAUCAUUGCCCACGACGCCGAGGUCUUCGACAUGGCCUUUUCACCGCUGCAUGGUGGCAGCAAUAUCUUUGGGUCCGUCGGCGCUGACGGCUCGCUGCGUGUGUUUGACAUUCGCUGCUUGGAGUCGUGCACGAUUGCGUACGAGACGCCGGACCUGAGCGCGCUCUUGCGGCUCGCAUGGAACAAACACGACGCCAACUUUGUCGCGGUGAUGCUCGUCGACAGCCCGACGGUCCUCGUACUCGAUCUGCGCAUGUCGGCGUCGCCGUAUGCGCAGCUCACCAACACCAAGGCAGCGCACAACAACAGCAAUGUGAGCACCGGUCGGCCUCCGAGCGUCAACGCCAUGGCCUGGUCACCGACGUCCGCGCAUCACAUUUGCACGGCUGGAGAAGACCACGAGGCCAUCAUGUGGGACACGCGUGUGCACGCGCCCGUCUUGCAGUAUUCCGGCGGGUCGUACAUCAACGCGAUUGGCUGGUGCCAGACGGCCCCCGAGUUUCUGGCUAUGAGCAUCGACAAGACGCUCCACGUUGUCACCAUUUAACGCUGUCCGAAACAAUCU